CAUCGUUAGCCUGACCGUCCUGAAACCGUAAAAGUUUAUAUGAAUGUAAAUGAAAGGAAAAUGACACCACUACGUCCGUGUAUAGCCUACUUUGUGUGACGCACGGACGACUCCUGUCUAACUAAUGCCAACCGAUCAAACCGUUUGGAACGUGAUGAACAAAAGCAUCAAUGCUGAAGCUGCUGGUGGUGAUGCCAGUUCAUCCAAGAAACCUUGCCAUGACGGUUCAGGGGAGACAACAAUUGAUUCGUGCAGUGUUCGCUGGGAGUGGGAAGGGGACAAAAAUGUGUGGACUCAGUAUGCAAGCAAUCUAAAUGAAUCUAUCUGCAAGGCUGUGGCUAAUGGUUUGAAUGAGGUUGAUUUUGAUGUUGGAAAGACGUCCUUGGCUGUGAAAAUAGAUCAAAUGGCCCAGAAAAACAAGAAAACUGGAUGGCAGAGACGAUUACGAUGCUGCGUACAAGAAGAUGGAGGAUUCUAUGUCUGGCAGUGGGAGGAUGAACAAGGGAAGUGGAACCCAUACAGUUACGAUAUUGCAGUUAAAUUGGAAAAGGCUCGGCAGCUCAAGGAGACAGAAGUAGAUGUAUCAGCUUGUGCACGAUCGUACAGGGUGGACCUCUCGAAAAUGCAUCAAACUAACCUUGUUACAGAUGUGGUGAGAAAUGUGGCCAGGAUCAAGUCAGACGCAGAGGAAUCUACAGGAGAAACACCAGUAGUAUCCAGUUCUAAUGGUGAUGUCACGGCAACAAAAUCAGGCAAGGGUAAGGUUAAGGUGGAACCAGUGGACAACAGUGCAACAAAAUCUGGUAGAGGAGCAGCAAAAAGUGGAGGAAAAGCUUCAAAAUCUGGCAGGUCUGAGGAAGGCGAAUCAAAGGUGAGAACCGUGAUCGUCAAGAAAGGAUCAGCACCUGUAGAUCUAGAAUGUACCCUAGCUGAAAAAGCUGAGGUUUUCUCCGAGGGCAAGGAUGUUUGGGACUGUAUGCUCAAUCAGACAAGUGUGGGCAAUAACAACAACAAGUACUACCUCAUCCAACUACUGACUGAAGGCAAAGGAAAAUUUCACGUUUGGCAGCGCUGGGGUCGAGUCGGCUAUAAUGGCCAGAACAACCUAGUACCAUGUGGAGCUGAUCUUGACAAGGCCAAGAAGAUUUUUGCAAAAAAGUUUACAGACAAGACAAGAAAUAAUUGGGCUGAGAGAGAUAAUUUCGAGAAAGUUCCAGGAAAAUAUGACCUCCUUAAGAUGGACUAUGGGGCAGAGGGUGGAAUGGACGAAAUGGACGCCGGACCUUCAGGUAGUGUCGACAGCGAUGUUAAAUGUCCCCCUUCCAAACUGGACCAGAGACUGCAGAACUUGGUGAAUUUGAUAUGCGACAUCAAAUCCAUGGAGGAGGCUGUGAUUGAGAUGAAAUACGAUGCCAAAAAAGCUCCUCUAGGUAAACUAACAUCAGAACAAGUGAAGGCAGGAUAUGCUGCCCUGAAAGUUAUUGAUACAUGCAUCACCAGCGGGGACUUCGGUACAAAGCUCAACCGGGCGUGUGACGACUUCUAUACCAGAAUCCCUCACGAUUUCGGGAUGCGACCACCAGCGAUAAUCCGGACUAAAGAGGUAGUGGAACUAAAGAUGCAGCUUCUGGAGGCUCUCGGAGACAUUGAGAUAGCUAUAAAGACUCUGAAGAUGGGAGACAGAUCGGAGAACCCAGUAGAUAGACACUAUCAUUCACUGAAGUGUAAAAUGGAACCAAUGGAUCACAAAGCAGACGACUUCAAGAUGAUAACAGAUUACCUACACAACACUCACGCAGUUACACAUAACCAGUUCAAGUACCAGGUACUAGACAUUUUUGAGAUGGAAAAAGAAGGAGAGACUGCUGCCUUCAAAGAUUAUGGAAAUAGGAUGCUACUAUGGCACGGAUCGCGUCUAACAAACUGGGUCGGAAUCCUUAGUCAAGGACUACGGAUAGCUCCGCCGGAGGCUCCAGUCACAGGUUACAUGUUUGGUAAGGGAGUGUACUUCGCCGACAUGUCUAGUAAAAGUGCGAAUUACUGCUUCGCCACAAAGACAAAGAACACGGCACUCCUCCUUCUAUGCGAGGUCUCUCUUGGACAGACAAAUGAUUUGCUCAAUGCUGACUAUAAUGCUGCCAAGCUGCCACCAGGCAAACACAGCACAAGGGGCCUCGGCAGGAUAGGACCAGAUCCAGCCUCCACCAAAACUCUAACCGACGGCACACUUGUCCCGCUUGGUAAAAGUAAAGACACUGGAGUGAAAAAUCCCAAAGGAUACACAUUGAACUACAACGAAUUCAUUGUGUACGACACAAAACAAAUCCGAAUGAAAUAUCUGGUCAAAGUGAAGUUAAAUUUCAAAUGACACUUUCAAGUAGUUAUAUUGAACAUUUUCUGAUAAUGUUAAUGGUACAAUUGACGUACUGAUUGUACAAUUUCAUGGAGGUCAACUAAUAAAAUGUCUCAUCAACUUUAAAUUUUAAGUUCACAGUGGAGUCUGUUUAAGAGACUGUUCCUAAGUCUAAGUUUAAGAUGUACAGUGGAGUCUGUCUGAGAGACUGUUCCUAAGUUUAAACUUCGUAUAUACAGUGGAGUCAAAUCAAGAGACCGCUCCUAAAUCUGAAUUUAAAGUUUACAGUGGAGUCUGUUCCAGAGACUGCUCCCAAGUUUUAAUUUAAAGUUAACAGUGGAGUCUUUUCAAGAGACCACUCCUAAGUUUAAACUUAAAGUGAACUGUGGGAUCAAGAGACCACUCUUGUUGAGCAAUCUUCUCUUAAGAGACCCACCCUGCAAAGAGACCACUUUUGAGCCGAUUAGACUAGUUAAAAGAAAAUCAUCAGAUACAAAAUGGAAGUCGUGAAACACUGGAAGAUAUCACAGAUUGAAGUCAUACUUUCUGUAAUGGCUUUGUAAUAGCUGAAGUUUUUCUGUACAGAUAUUUUUCCAAUCAGGUUAAAGGUCAAAGGUUAGACUCUGAAUGCUGACUUUGAAAAACAAAUCCUGUCAUGUAAAUUGUAAAGACAAAGUCUGUCCCAUAUCAAAUAAGCAUUUAGAAUCAUAUCUUAAAGAAUGUAAUGUUUUGCUAACAAUGCAAGGUCUGUCAACUAUUUUUCCUUCAUUUCUAAUCAUAUGCAUUAUAGACGCAGAGGUCCACUGUACGACUUGAACUAAUGCAAAACUUUGUGCUAGAUAUUCUUUGUCUGGUACUGAAAAUGGUUCCACAUGAAAACCAUUGUACCAUGUAGCCGUCAUGGAAAAGUACUUGCUAUUGCUAACAGUAGUUCUGCCUGACCAAUCAGAGGCUGUUUUACACUAACUGGGCAGCUAUAUAAAUAUUUAUAUAAGUCGAGUGUCUACCGUGAUACCUGUGUUGACUGAAUUUUUACUUCCACAUUAACAACUUUUUUCUUCAACAAAAGACGUUAUUGUGAAGUCUUAAGAUGGGGUAUAUGUCAACCAAUAAACAUUAUUUACAUAUUUUAAAGUUGAUGGGGACCAUUGUCAUGUAUUUCUUUGACUUAACAUUAGUUUCAAUCUUACUUUGAAACUUUGAUUAAGGCCUAACUAUUGUCCAAUGUAGUUGUGGAUGUUUAUUCAUCAAUUAGAUUCCAUGUUUUGAUAGAUGUGUUGCCCUUUUUGUACUAGAAGCAAUAAAAAUCCUCUUUGGAUAGCUCCCUUUCCAUAAAUUUCAUUGAUCCCCCCCUUCCCUUAAGAAAUUGAGGGAAGGCGGUGAGGGGUUCCUCUGUCCAUCUGUCUGUAGCGCUUGUCUGGAUGAUGACUUGAGAACAAAUUAUCAGGUACAAAGUUCAAAUUUUGUGUGUGGGCUGCCCUAGUGGAUUAAAAGAAACCUAUUGAUUUUGGGCGUAGUCCAAUAAAACUCAUGUCAUCAUUGCAGUCUGCGACGUUAGGUACUAGUCUGAUGCCCACGACUAGUAAAUUUAAGUCUGGACUAGUAUUGAAAAUAUUUAACUAGUCCGACUGGCAAUUUUCUUCCAAAAUAAUGGAAAUAUUAUUAAUGGUAUAUAUUUUGCACUAUAAAGCUUGUCACAAGUUCUAAUCCUAUCGUAAAAUACGGUAUGCGUCGAAGCUUCGAAGUUUCGAUGAGCGAUCGCGAGACUGGGUUCUGGAUUUUACUAGUUACCGAACAUUACUUCCGGUUUAUAACCACGUGAAACCAACCAUGGCGAUGUUGCUAAGUUGGAGAAAAGGUUCAAAACCAGCUAAGCCUGUCCGUGAACAGACAGAAAAAAUUGCUCCAACACGAAAGAAAAAUUUACGGUUCUGGCGUGUGCUUAAAGGCUCGAUGGAAACAACUGUAAUACUGUAUUAGAGAUAAUUGGCGAUCACGUUCCGUGCUCUGUUCCUUUAGUUAAUUAUUGAGAGACAUUUUGUUUUGAUUUCUAAUAAUUUUCCAAUUUAGAUCACAAUUUACACUGCAUGCUGUAAAAAAGACCAGUCUGUAAUUUGGACUAGCAAAUUCACAGUUGGACUAUUAAAAUUAUGGGUUCACUAGUCCAAAUGACUAGUAAGGAAAAUAGUUUACGUCACAGACUGCCAUUGCUGAAAGUAGAAUCUUAAUUACCUGAACGAUUACUUCAAACUAAUUGUCAUACAAAGUUCAAACUUGGUGUAUUGGUAGCCGUAGCCGUAUAUACUCCACUGGUCUCUGGUGUAACUUGGAAAUGGAUGAUUGUUAAAAAUCUGCUUUUCAUAGAAAAGGUAGCACAUCCACAUAUAAGCAUUGUGAAACAGAUUUGUUCGCAAGUUUCGUGCCCUUCUCGAAUGCAAAUCUAUGAUAGGUUGGAGCAAAUCCUAGCUGGUGGGAUUAAUAAUCACCAUCAUGUCAAUCAAGUAAACUGGUCUGUUGUUAUUUUAUCCAGGACACAUUCAUUUGAAUAUGCUGGUGGCUCAAGUUUUGUCAGAAGCUCAACUGUAUAGUAAAUCAUGGAAAUUGUGUAAGAAUUUUUUUCCAGAAAGAGAGGUUGUACAUGUACUUCAAUGUUUAUAAGCAUUUGCUUGUACACAGCAGCAAUCAAAUCAUUUCAGUAUUUAGCUUGUCAUAAAGGAACAUAACAUUAUAGAGAAUGGCUGAUAUGCAUAAUACAAACCUUUAGACUAUGCCAUAUUGCUGUAUAUUUGUCCUGUGUUAUUUCUAUACAAAUCAUCUCAACUUUUCAGGAAAAAAUAAUUUUGAAAAUUUGUAUACCAACAUUUGCUGAAGUUUCUGCACAUUACACUGGAGAAGACAUAACUUUUGAUUUCCACAGGAAGGCAGUAUUUGACCUUAGCUGUAUGGACAUGUACACACUUUGUCGAUUUUUGGUACUCAAAAAGUCUUCUACCUAAGACAAUUUUGAAUAUUCUCAUAUCUCUAAAGAUGGCAGUGUUUGACAUAUAAAAGGCUAUCUCUAGACUUUUGGUUUCUCCACUUCAGACAUUUUUGAAUUUCCCCCUAAUCUUUGGAGCGUGCCAACUUAGCCUUGAUGAUAUAUGCUGUUAAUAAUUUUAAGACCCUCUCUGGAAUUCAGGGUAUUCCUUAGUAGACACUGCAGUGUACUGUGAACCACUUGAUAUUUGAGAAUACAGAUUCCAGUUAUUAUGCUGCCCACUUGUUUGUGAGAAUUUUAUUCUACGAAAACAGAAUAUGAAAUUUUCGAAUUUAGACCUGGUAAGAUAUUUGCAAUGUAGAAAUUUUCACAUUAAUACUUUUUUGAAAUUUUGACGUUGGUUAUCAGGCUAUACAUACUGCUGUAAUGAACAUUCAAUAGUGUUUAAGUGUGCACCUGUUUGCAUAUACAUUGUACAAGUAGGGAUAUACAUAAUCAUGUUCAUAUAUCUUGUUUCAGCUUACCUGAGUAUCUUAUUAUGAGGUAUUUAAACUCAGGAGAGAUGCUUUUCAUGUGAUAAUUUGUACCUCAUGAAAACAUUCGAGUGAUUCAUUGUAAAUCAAGAUUUGUUCGUUUGAAUGUAAAGUAUGUUUUGUAGUACAAAUUUUAAUUGUUAAAACUAAAAAGUCAUAUUUGUUCAUGUCUGAAAUUUUCAUUAGAAUUGUUUUGUUAAUAAAAGAAUACUUCUUUUAUAUAGUA